AGGCCGCGGUCCCGCCCCCCCCUCCCGCGGGUGCUGCCGCGGCCAAUGGCGGUGCGGGAGCGGACCUGGCGCCUACGGGUCGGCUGGCGGCGGAGAGGGCAGCGGUGUGCGGGCCUGCAGCUGUAGGGUGGGAGGGCCGCGACGUGACGCCAGUCCGUGGCACCGGUGGGUUGCGAGGUGUCCCGUCCCGGGCGUGGCAGAGGAGCUCCGUGCCCCGUGGGUGCCGACCUGGCCCGUAAAAGGAAGAACUGAGGAGAAAACAAACUAUGAAAGUGUUGAUUAUUGGCAUUGGAGGUGUAACAAAUGGGGGGAAAACAACGCUGGCAGGAAAGCUUAAGAAAAUGCUUCCCAACUGUGAUAUAAUCUCUCAAGAUGACUUCUUUAAGCCAGAGUCUGAAGUAGAAACAGAUGAACAUGGAUUUAAGCUGUAUGAUGUUCUUGAUGCCCUCUAUAUGGACGAGAUGGUGAAAAGCAUUCACAACUGGAUGAAAAACCCAGCAAGUUCAGGUGUUGUGACAGAAGAGCUGCGGAAUACCUGUGACAAUCUGAAAAACACAGAUGAUGUUUUUAUUUUGAUUGUUGAAGGUUUUCUGCUAUACAAUUAUGAGCCACUUAAUGAACUAUGGAAUAGAAGAUAUUUUUUGACCCUUCCUUAUGAAGAGUGCAAAAGGAGGAGGAGUGCCAGAGUCUAUCAGCCAGCAGAUACACCGGGAUACUUUGACGGACACGUGUGGCCUAUGUAUCUGAAAUACAAAAAUGAAUUGGAAGAGGAUGCAAGUAAUAUUGUUUAUUUGGAUGGAACAAAAUCCCAAGAGGAGCUUUUAUCCUGUGUGUAUAGUGAUAUAAUACAGGAAUUAAAAAAGGUGAGGGAAGGAAAUGAGCAGGUCACAGCAUGAUAAUGUAGAAAGCCUGGGUUCCAUUUAAUAUGAAUUGAAAACCCCAAGACUGUCAUACCUGGCAACCCAACCAACUGAGCAGAUGUUACGUGUAUGUCCAUAAUGCUAGUUCAUACAACACAAGUGGAUCUGUAGCGACUAUUAACUCUGUAAGCCUCAGAUAUUGUUGAGUAGUAUCAACAGUGCAUUAUUCUUUAGUAUUUCUUCAAUCAGUCAUGCUUUGGAUGAUCUGUAAGUCUGACUGAACGUGUACAUUUUAAAGAACAUAAGCAUUUUUGCGUACAAAACUAAACUAUAAAGGUGCAGUUCUGUUGAAUUAAUAAGCAUAUUUGAACAUGGAUGAAUGCAAUUUGAAAUGUUCAUACAGGAAUGAAAGUGAUUACCUCUAAUAUUUUUACAAGUUUCUCAUCACUGAUAAACAUGGGUAGAGGAGCUAGCUAUAUGCUGUGCCAAUAGUAAGUUUAAGACUGUAUAAGCUGUUACACUGCUUAUUCAGUAACUGAAGCUGUUACUGGACACAUCAUAACUGAACUUACUUAGGCUUGCUAAGUACCUCUGUGGUGUUUGUUAAAUAAUUUGUAUGUUGCAUAUUGCUUGGAGCAGUUGGGAAUAGAUAUUUAAAAAAACCCAAACAAACCCAAAGAGAAGUCAGGUUGUUGGAAAAAGAUUGGCGAAUGUGCUGGUUUUGGCUGGGACAGAAUAAAUUAUUUUCUUCAUAGUAGCUAGUAUGGGGCUAUCUUUUGGAUUUGUGUUAAAAACCAGCACUGAUAAUGUGGAGAUGUUUUAGUUGUUGCUAAGUAGUGCUUAUACUAGUUAAGGACUCUUUCAGCUUCCCAUACUCUGCCAGGUACACAAGCAGCCAGGAGGGGAGGGGGCACAGCCAGGACAGCUGACCAAACUGUCCGAAGGGAUGUUACAUACCAUAUGACAUCAUACUUGGUAUAUAAAGCUGGGGGAAGAAUGAAGAUAGUGUUUGUGUUCCUGUUGUGGUUUAGCCCCAGUCAGCAACCAAGCACACACAGCCCCACACUCACUCCCCCCUGGUGGGAUGGCAGAGAGAAUUGAAAGAGUAAAAGCGAGGCAACUCUUGGGUUGAGAUAAAGACAGUUUAACAGGUAAAGCAAAAGCUGCAUGCGGAAGCAAAGCAAAACAAGGACUUCAUUCACUACUUCCCAUGGGCAGGCAGGUGUUCAGCCAUCUGCAGGAAAGCAGGGCUCCAUCACACAUAACGGUUACUUGGGAAGACAACCACCAUCACUCCCAAUGUCCCCCCCUUCCUUCUUCUUCCCCCCAGCUUUAUAUACUGAGCAUGAUGUCAUACGGUAUGGAAUAUCCCAUUGGUCAGUUUGGGUCAGCUGUCCUGGCUGUGUCCCCUCCCAGCUGCUUGUGCACCCGGCAAAGCAUGGGGAGCUGAAAAAGUCCUUGACUAUUGUAAGUGCUACUUAGCACCAACUAAAACAUCUCCACAUUUUCAUCGCUGUUUCCAGCAAAAAUCCAAAACAUAGCCCCAUACUAGGUACUAUGAAGAAAUUUAACUCUAUCCCAGCUGAAACCAGGACAGUUCCCAAGUAACAGUUACACGUUGGGAAGCCCUGCUUUCCUGGAGGUGGCUGAACACCUGCUGCUGAUGGGAAGGAGUGAAUGAAUUCCUUGUUUUGAUUUGCUUGUAUGUGUGGCUUUUGCUUUACCUAUUAAACUGUCUUUAUCUCAACUCACAGUUUUUUUCCUUUUGCACUUCUCAUUCUCUGCCCCAUCCCAGUGUAGUGUUGGGGGUGAGCAAGAGCUGUGUUUAGCUGCCUGCCAGGUUAAACCACAAUGGGGAAUAAGAUGUCAGAGAGAAUGGAGAUGCAUUGCUAACAAGAUUAAGUACAUGUAUUGUGCAAAGAUCGAUUACUGGCAUGGCAUAGACUAGUAGACAAUAAAUGCAUGCUUCAGGGUGGAGGAAGGAGGAAAUAAUUCUUGUUAAUUUUCAUAGCUCAGGUUGAAAUUAUUGAGAUGUUCAUAAAGCAGGUACACUAAAUGUAUGUUAAAAGUUUGUUUUAUUAUUUGUGUAUAUAUAUUUAGGUAAACUAGGAAACUGGGAAGUCGAAUCAUCCUCAGUCGCUGAAUAAAUAAUGUAUUAACUCUUGUAUUUUCUAUACAAUCGUAUUUUUGUCAGCUAGAAUAAAAAUAAAGCUACAGACAUGAAAAGCAAAGGAUGCAUUAUAUUACUUACUGGGUAUCAGCUGAACUGAUCAUGAUGAUUGAAAUUUAAUGCUUUACUGUUAACAGUGUUAAAAGUACUAAACCUGUAUGUAAGACACAGGUCUUAAACGGAUUAGAGCUGUGUGAAACUUUGUUUAAGACAAAGUAAUUCCAAAUACUAUUUUGUAUUAUUAUUUUGCAGUAAAAAUACUUCAAGUUGCAUUUGUUCAAAUGCAGUGAUGGACUGUC